UAACGUUUAACAAAAUCAUGGCCAUGGAGGAAAUUAAACUUACACAGAAUGUCCAUAAUGAGGCUCUGAGUGCUGUUGUUUCAGACAAGAAGAAAGGAGGUAAAUUCCAGCCUUUUAAGAAGUUGUUUGGCAGAAGGAAAAAGAAAGACACUUUGUUGUCCCAGGAGGCAUCAGCAGGGAGUAAGAGUCACUCUCCCUGGAGUGUCAGCAAUGGGACCUUCUCUUCAGAUGAGGAGACCCUGGAAGACAAUCUAAGGUCCUUCAACUAUUCUAUGGGAACCCGGGCAUUUUCCCAUGACAGUAUUUUUAUCCCUGAUGGGGGAGCAGAAAGUGAGCAGACAGUUCAAGCAAUGUCACAGGACAACAUCCUGGGCAAAGUCAAAACUCUUCAGCGACAGUUGAGCAAAAACAUCAAGUUUGGGCGGCCACCACCCAAUGCCAUUCCCAUGAAGAAGGCAGACAGUGGUGAGGCUAGCUUAGAAGAGGAUCUGUUCCUGACCAGCCCCAUGGAAAUUGUGACUCACGAGGACAUCAUCCCCUCAGACACCGAGAACAAACCCAGUGACACUCCAAGUUCUCGGAGUCCUCUGAAUCUGCCUGGAGCCAGAAGUGAGAUGGAAGAGAAGGUGGCUCCAGUUAAACCGUCUCGGCCAAAAAGGCACUUCUCUUCUGCUGGAACCAUCGAAAGUGUCAACCUAGAUGCCAUCCCCCUGGCCAUCGCUCGCCUGGACAACAGUGCCGCGAAGCACAAAUUGUCUGUUAAGCCAAAAAACCAGAGGGUGUCUAAGAAGCACAGGCGACUUGCCAGGGAUCGACCAAAUGAACAGGGUGGCCUUCCGAGUCAGCUGUCCCUGGACCAGAACGGACACUCUAGAGAAGACAAGCCAAUUUGGCACGAAGAGGAACCAGAGCUGCUGGACUUGGAAGAAGAGAAGAGAUGCCAAGAAGAAUACUGGCUAGAACUUGAAGCCAAAUGCAAACAGCAAAAGGCUGAGGCAGCUGAGAGGAGACGCCUGGAAGAGCAGAGACUCCAGGCCCUGGAGAGGCGGCUUUGGGAAGAGAACAGAAGGCAAGAGCUCUUGGUGGAGGAAGGAGAGGACGAGGAGGGAGAGGAGACAGACCUACAGCCGGAGGCAGAAAAGAGGCAGCGGGAAGAGGAGAGCCAGAGACUGGAAGAGCAUGGUGGCCAAGGCCGAGAGCGGAAGGAACAAGAGGAAGGAAGGCACCUGGAAGCCCACAAGCAGCCGCCCCUCCAGCGACACACACAGCAGGAAGGGCAGGUGGAGGAGCAGCGGCAGCUGGAAGAGGAGCAGCGCCGGCGGGAGGAGGAGGAGCAGCGGAAAAGGGAGGAGCAGCUGCGUUUGGGAGAGGAGCAGCGCUCGCGGGAGGAGAAGAAGCAACGGGAAAAGGAGGAGCAGGAGCAGCGGGAGGAGGAGCAGCAAGAAUGGGAGGAGAAGCGGCGGCGGGAGGAGGAGCAGCGGCGGGAGGCGGAGGCAGAGGCAGAGGCAGAGAGAAGGGCAGAGCUGGGAAAGCGGCAGGAAGUGCAGCGUCGGGAAGCCGCGAGAGUGCAUGAGAAGUGGCCGCAGCCGGACGACAAAAGGGGCUUGAGGAGCCCACUUCAAAUUGACUUUGCGGAGAAACCUGGGAAACGAGAAAACCUGCAGCCCGAGAAGCAAAGAGAAAGCUGUGAGGAACCCAGGAUUUGGGAGAAGCAGAGUGAGGAGGCCGAGCCAGCCGGCGAGCAGCAGGGGCAGCGCGGGGAUGUGCCUCGGUAUGGCCGUCGUGCACGUCCGGAAGAGAGACCAGAAACUAGCGUGCAGCCUCCCCAGAUACAAGAGGCUCAAGUGGAGGAGACGCCGGCUCCCAGGGAGAAGAAGGAAGCUGCUGCCCCAGAACAAGACAGAAAGGGGGAGGAACUCCGGUGGCAGGAAGUGGAUGAGAGGCAGAGCAUGCCCAGGCCCUACACUUUCCAGGUGUCAUCGGGAGGGAAACAGAUUCUCUUCCCCAAAGUCAAUUUGAGCCCAGUGACACCCGUGAGAGAUGCGGCACUUGCCUCCGCUCCCCACGCGCCCAAGAUCCCCCGAGCCAGCCCGGCCUCCCAUACCCUGCCCUCCUCCCUGAGUGUUCCCCAUACAGCCAUUCUGGUCACGGGGGCGCAGCUCUGCGGCCCGGCGGUCAACCUGAGCCAGAUCAAAGACACGGCGUGCAAGUCUCUCCUGGGCUUGUCAGAAGAAAAGAAGCACGUGGAUGUCCCUGCCCUGGAGAACCCGCCCCGAGCGCCUGUCGACGCCCGGGCAGGCAGCGGGAAGGUCAGGGCCCCCCAGGAGUCUCCGAGCAGCGUGGCCGCACUAGCCGAAUGGGCUUCCAUUCGGUCCAGGAUCCUGAAGAACGCGGAGGGUGAGCAGCGCAGCGACAGAGAUCAGUCUCGGCCAGGUGACGAGCACAGCCCCAGGGCCCGCUGUGAUUCCCGCGGGAACCUCCGGAAGACCCCCUCAGUAAAUGCGAAGUUCUCUAUUAAGCCCGCUUGGCAGAAAUUCUCCGACGGUGGCACUGAGACCUCCAAACAGAACACAGAAGCAGAGAGCAUUAGAAGAAGACCCUCGCUGGGACCCGGCGACGGGCCAGUGCCCCAGCCUCUGGCUACUAAUGAGCUCCCCAGGCGUGCAGAGAAACCAGAGCCGGCAGACACCACAGAGGGGUGCAAAUUUGCCAAAGACCUCCCAUCUUUCCUUGUCCCAAGCCCUGCUUACCCGCCACCGAAAGCAGUGGCCCAUGCAGAGCCCAUGACCACUUCAGGCAGUGAGCCCACCACCGGUAGAGGAAAGCCUGACCCCUCGAUGUCUGGCCAGGAGGAAAAAGCCUCGCCUUUUGGAAUAAAAUUGAGAAGGACCAACUACUCCUUGCGCUUCCACUGCGACCAACAGACAGAGCAGAAGAAGAAGAAAAGGCACAGCAGCACCGGGGACAGUGCCGAUGGCGGCGCACCUGCACCCGGGAGCACAAAAGGAGAGAAGGAGACGGAAGGCGUGGGCCCCAGGCACGGCCCGUCCCUGCACCCGGAGAGGAAGCAAGCCCUGUCCGCCUGGAAGGACUCUGCCGAGAGAGCCCAGCCUGCGCCCGCCGCCCCGCCCGGGCCCCCACCGGCCGCGGAGCACGACAAGGCAGCCGGCAAAACGCCCCUGGCGCCAAAGCCUGCGCUGGCCCCCAAGCCUGCCGGUCAGACCCCCCCCUCGUCCCCACUCUCCAAACUGAGCAGGCCCUACCUGGUGGAGCUGCUGGCCCGCCGGGCGGGCAAGCCGGACCCGGAGCCCAGCGAGCCGGGCAGGGAGGCUCAGGAGGGCAGUGCCCCCCGGCCGCCGUCGCCCCCGGAGCAAAGGAAGGCGUACAAGAGCGAGGAGGAGGAGGAGGAACCAGAGAGGAAACCCACUUGCCCGGCUCUGCCCGCCACUCGGCCCGACAAGCAUUCCCCGACCCCUGAGGCCGGGAAGAAAGAAAAGCCGGUUCUUCAGAGCAGGCACUCUUUAGACGGCUCCAAACUUGCGGAGAAGGUUGAAACUGUGCAGCCGCUGUGGAUAACGUUAGCACUGCAGAAGCAGAAGGGGUUUCGGGAGCAGCAAGCAACUCGGGAGGAGAAGCAGCAAGCCAGGGAGGCCAAACAGGCAGAAAAGCUCUCCAAAGAGAACGUCAGUGUCAGCCUGCAGCCCGGAAGCAGCAGCGUCAGCAGAGCGGGGUCCCUGCACAAGCGCCCUGCCCAGCCGGAAGAGAAGAAGCCGGAGACCGCAGCGUCCAGGCUUGAGCGCAGAGAACAGCUGAAAAAGGCCAACACCCUUCCUACAUCCGUGACAGUGGAGAUCUCGGAUUCAGCUCCCCCCGCACCGCUGGUGAAAGAAGUCACAAAGAGGUUCUCAACCCCAGAUGCUGCCCCCGUGUCAACAGAACCAGCCUGGCUGGCUUUGGCUAAAAGGAAAGCCAAGGCCUGGAGCGACUGUCCACAGAUCAUUAAGUAGAGUGACUUUUAUCUACUCCUACUGCCAGUUAUUGGCUCUUCUCUUGCCCUUGUUAUUUAUUUUUUAUAUGAGGUAAAGAAACCACGCUAGGGAAAAGCAGCAUGUUUUAUAGGCUCUAAAAUAAUGUUCAGAAACUGAAUCGGUGGCAUUCUCUGUAAAGAGUGUAUUUGCACAAUCCUAGGUCCUGGUGCCUUGAGCUCCUCCUCGUUCUCAAGAGAAAAUUCCAUCUGAGGGACCACAUGCAGCAAAAUCUCCAAACUAAGAACUUUUUACGAGAGCCUACCAUGCCCCUUCCACACAUACACACCCACACGCCAUUUAGAACAGGACUUUUGCCAAUCUUUGUAAUGAUUUUUUGAUUCUCCAACUUCUUUUAUCUACAACAUUUACCCUACCAUGUGUUUGGUGGCUUCUUUCCUUUUCUACAGUAAUGGCGAAAGAAAGGGUCAUAUAGACAGAAACAAGAUGCCCAUUCUUUUGAAUGCCUUGAGUAACUGGGAAUCCUAAGUUAACAGUCUGGCCACCAACUCUACCCAUGUCUGCUUUUCUGAAUUCUCCCUGACCUGAAACCGUAACUCAGGAAGUGAAUCUAUUCACCCUUCCACCACACUGUUGUCCAACAGGUCCUGCCAUACCAGUACUCUCCUUAAGGACAUUAAACAUUUGGCCCAGUUGGCUCCUAGGGAACAUUUUUAUUUAGGAUCAUAAAGAAAGGAAGCUACAGAUUCUCUUUCCACCUCUGAGAACCCCCACCUAGUGCAGUGGUUCUUAAGAUGUUCUGGCUCCAACUCCUGCCUUCCGAAUUAGAUCCUGUGAGUCCGGGCCAGGAAGGUCUAUUCUGGCAAAACUCUUCAGACAAAUUCUGAUACAUCCCAAAGGAGAACUCUGGGAUAUACUGCUUCCAGUGUAAUCUAGCUUUUGAAAGUGAAGGGAAGGCUCAUUUCACCCAAAGAAGUAAAAGGAAAAAUAAAAAAAUCAUUCCCCCAAACCAGGCAUUUAUUACAAGAUAGGAGAGGCUAUGGACAUUGAAUGUCUCUGAAUAUUCCCUUAGGUCUUUAGGGAAAAUUUAACAGGAAGCCAAGAUUUGGAACCUUUGUACUAAGGACUUCUGUGGAAAGUUUCUUUACCAUAAUCAAGUGAUUCAUAUUUAGAGUCAGAUGUUCAAUAGCAUUUAUAAUUUUGAGCAUUCACCUUGCUACCUUUAAAAAACAUCUGAGUGUUAAGUGGCCUUGCUCUUCCACACAUGUGGUCCAAAGAAGGGACGUGGCAAUUCAGAAGCAUAAAGCAUAGACCUACCAGCAAAUCCACAUAUUGCCAAUACUGACUUUAUAUUUCAUGGUGUUGGCAUAGCCUCCUUUUCUGAGAUUCUGACUCCAUAAUAGUACACAUCCUUUGCCCAAUGCUUAGGGGAAUUGCAUUCCUUCUUCCUCUCCUACAAAAACACAUCUUACCAGUAUCCAUCAUUAUUUUCCUUUAUGUGGAGCUCAUUUGACGGGCAACAUAUUACAUGUUGCUGUUCUAUCAUUCACCAUAUAGAAGGCAUUUUCUUUCUGGAAAUGAUGGCUCAGCCUCAUGGUAGAAGCUGGCAGGUGUGAUCAAGUGGAAAGUUGUACUCUUGCAAGUUGGAUUUAAUAUUCUAUAUACUGGACCUUCCGACUGUUAAUCAGUGUAACUAAUUUUUCUUUUUAUUCCUGUGGGAAGCAAUUAAUAUUCCACUGCAUGUUUUCCACACUGACGUUCAUUUCUAAAUCAAACAUGUAGGCAUUGGUUAGUUUUCAGUGAUUUCAUUACUAACACAACACUCUUUUUCAUGGGAAUCUUUCUACCUACAGCCCUGGUAUUAUAGUGCUACAAUCAUUCUUCUGAACUUUUUCUGUCAUCCUGUCAGCUCUGGAUAAUACCACAGUAAGGGUGGAGAACAGGGGAAGCAAUCAGGUCAUCGAUGAAGAAUCCUAGAGGAGUCCACGGCUCCUGGCUCACAUACCACCGAGCACAUACAAAGUAGGAGGAAAUACCUCAGUUACAAAGUUUCUAUUAAAGUCUUCAAAAAUAAAAGAGUACACUGAGAACGGGACAGUCACAGCACUUACUUCCAGCAACUUCUAAAGGGUACAUGUUUAAUAUUUCAUGUAAAAGGACUCCAAAUUUGCACUAAAUACCAAUGAAGUGUUAUUUUGCUUUAGUUGUGUUGUAGUCUUUUCCAAUCAAUAGACUGUGGGGGAAAUUCUGUAAAAAGAAAAGACUUCUUUUUUUUUUAAUGAAUGAUUGCUAUGUUAAAUAUAUGGGUUUUUUUUUCUUAAUUUAACAUACACUUCUUUCGGUAAAGGUAACAGAUUAACCUUUGUUCAUAAACAUAUAUAUAUAUAUAACUAGAGUUUUUUGUUUACUUUUUUAAUUUUUCAAGUGCAAUUGUUUCUUACACAUUAAUUACUAUUAAAUUAUCAUUUUAGCCAGUUAGCAGCAAAUUAUAGUAUGUAUUCAUUGUCUCUUCUUGUGACAUUUAGUUUUAAUUGCUUAUUUUAAAGCAGAAACAUUAGUUACAAGUGUCUUGCAAUAUUUUUACCAAUAAUAAAAUUAAGUAGAGACAACAAUGAAAAAUAUCUUAGUGUGAUUUUAAUAUUAUUUUGAGAUUUUUGGUUGUAUAAAGUUUUAAUGUAAAAUGUCCAUUAUUGAAGGAAAAUGAUCUUUCAAUAAAAAAUACCUACAAGAUCUUCA